AUGGAUACGGCCAUUUCCAGCUCAGCGGCUGUGAGAUGCCCUCGCCAAGUCAAGGACACCGAAUACGUAUGGCACCCUCAACCUAAUGCAUAUGAACGUGCACAUAUAAAUGUAUACGUGAGUGAAAAUGGCAAACUUCGCUCCGCUGCUAUUCGGGAUGUCAUACGCAGCGAAUCCGGGAAUGAGCUUAUCUGGAUAGAAUCCACUCUCUCGCAGAACAUUAUGCAGUUACAUAUACCAACGCAUGAACUGUUUGCCAUGACCGAGCGCCGUUUGAUAUUUAUAUGUGGCCCGCGAGAUUUGGUUCUGAGUGAUACAUUACAGCGCCACCUCGACAGUCUCAAUGGUUUUGGUCAAAUGCAAGCACUUCCUUGGACCUCUAAUAUACCCUUGGCUCAUGAAAUGUCGAAGAUAGGGCAUGGAAUCGGGAUCUUUUUCUUAUACAGCGGAAGCACGCAUCUACCACUCCAGGGUUGUGGAAGCCGUCCGUCACCACUUUUUGCUGUGGAUAAUGAGGUGACAGUGGACCCCGUCACAGGGACACGUUCAUGCGUGGCUGAUCCCAUGUCGAAAUCACGUAUCGGUUUUGUUUGCGAAGGCCGAUUAGAACCCGACGAUUGCAUGAAGUCCCUCAUUGACAAGAAUGGCGUAGUUGUGAGUGCUCCCCCACCAGAUGAUUAUUGGAGAUUCAAACACCGUAGACCAUGGGUAAUAGCCAAGUAUUUCGAGAGAUUCGCACUGCCACCAUUCAGUGGCGAAUGCAGAUACAUCGAUCCUCAAACAGGAGCGGUGAAGGCGAAGAUAGAGAUCCGCUCAAAAACCGACUACGUUUGUGACAUCGCCAGCAUGAUCGAACGCAACCGUUCGCAUCCCAUCCGUGGCCCUUGGUGUUCGGUUGUACUACACCCUGGCAGCACGUUGGCAAUAAGGUUCCCAGUAGAGGGUGUAGUGACAGAGCCUUUCGACAAAGAUUCACCAUUUGUACUGCCCUCGCAACGCCCGCCUAGGUACUUAUUGGAACCUACGUUUCGAGGGAAGAACGUGACGGCUCUGAGGCAGUUGACGAGGUAUGAUAACAUUUACGGCGAGGUAAUGUACCAUAAGGCCAUUGCCGGCGAUGCACUUGAAUGGGAUAUUUCCCAAAUGUCAGUGGGAGAGGUAAAACUGAAGUACCAUGCGGACAAACCUCUCGCAUUGAUAGAGGGGCUGGGCUCGUUCGUUUAUCAUUGGACUAUGACAUCUACGAAUGGAGGUCUUCCGGAAGAGAUACGCGCCAUUGUAAAUGUUACUUUCGCAUUUACCCAUCGCUACCGUGCCCCUGGUUGCGACAGAGAAUCAGAAACUGUGUUUGAUUCUAACAUUAGCAAGUGGUAUUGUUCAACCAAAAGGAUGGGAAAUGGAAUAGGGGAUGUUUACGAAUGCCCAUUGCUUAUUACGGGGUGGGAGAGUCACGCUAGUAUUUACUGCAGACCAGACGAGGAGCUGUUUCCAGCGAACUGCGAAUCGACAGGAUACGAUCUCUACAAUAAUAGUAUUGUGCCAAGUCCAAAAUCUGUGCGAACUCGAACUCCCCGCGCCAUUCCGGGAUUCCAGGCGCUAGACAUUGUCUUAGGAAGGGAUGAACCGUUAAGCUUUGCUUGCAUAUGUGUCGACCGGCUUGGGUACGAAACAUCCAAGCUUGUUAUAGAGAACAAUCAGCACCAAGGGCAUAACUUUCUAGUACGCCGUAAAGAGGGAUCCCAAUCGCUUUUUGCCUACAGAUUACUGCCGUGGAGUGAGUUCAAUUUAUCUGGUAAAUGGACUAAAUCACCAAUAUCAAUCGUGCUAAACAACACAUACAAAAAGUCCAUUGAACUAGAUGUUGGCACAACGCUGUCAUUGCGUUGUGGGUUUGACCCCGAACUUUUAAAACUUACUUCUGACCUGGACAGGAAGCACUUGAUAUGGUUACCAGAAAGACCUGAAGGAUUUUAUUAUACCGUCAACUACACGCCAAACGGGCCUGAAUUUAUUCGUAAUAGAUACGAGGAUUCAAUGGCUGCUACUCAGGGUGGAUUGGAUGUAGUUUAUCAAGCAGAGUCAAGGAAUUGUAGAUAUUCAGAAUUGACGAUCAAAACACGUAGAAGUGCCAUCCUGAUAUCUAAGGAUCCACGUCACACGUACUACAUUCCAAUGACAUUCAUUUGCGGCAAGACUCCCGAACCUUCGGAUUUAUUGGUCAGUGUUAACGCAGCUACAUCAAACGCUAAUGCAAUCUUCAAUCUUAAGACCAUAGGAUAUUCGACGCGAUACACCUGGGAUGUCGUUGAAGUUAACGUCGAAACGACGGAUCCCUAUAUGCAAGGCUGUGGCGUUACGUACGCAUCAGAUGAGCUGUUCAAACCUGAGACGCCUCGACUUUACGACGAUAACGGAGACUCUCAGUUCGGUUGCAAGAUCGAUCUUCACGCUGCCAGGGAAGCUGCGUUCUACUGCCCAGCGCCGUAUCUCCUGGACCCACCCAACUGCUUCAAACAAGUAUUAGUGAAUGGCUUAGUCAAGAACAUAAGAGAGCUCAGCCAGUCGUUGGUAGCAUCUCGGUCCAACCACUUUGUCAUCCUGAGCUUCGAACGUUGGCGCGUAGGGUCAGGUGAGAAGCUACGCCAUACGCCUCCGUUGGAAUGCCGCUGCGUCACCAUCAAGGGCGCCAUACUCUCCACCAUCCAGAUCGAGAACUACUACUCGACGUGA